GCACCAUGUGUGGGUGUCAACCAGCUGUGGCUGAUUGACUGAUGUCCCUGAGAGCCCCCUGCUGCAAUGGGGACGAGGUAGCCAGGGCAUGAACAACUUCUGGCAGAAGCAGGCAUAUGGAAUGGGAGCUUCACUGGUGGCUUUGGCCCACCGAGCAGCAACUGGGGUAAUUGCAUCCCACAGCCUGGAAAAAUUUGGAGUGUGCAGCAGGGGCUGGAGAUCAAGCUGAGGCACUGAAGGGACAGAUGAAGAGGAAAUGCUUAGAGGGAAAACACAGCAGUAGAAUUUCAAAGGCAGGAGCCUUCCUCAGUAUUUGCAUAUUCUCACUGACUUGGUGUGGGAACAAGUAUUUGUUCUGCAGUGGCCUCUGUGGCAAAGUGGAGUCGGUGCUGUGGGUGUGUAAAAGUCUUCCUGUGGAGGAAGUCAAUGCACCUGUGUUAAAUAGGGCAGAGCCUUGAUUUUCCACAUAAAGAUUGAUCCACCACUCAUUGGUGCUGCUGCCUUCUGAUCCCUCUUUGUGGUCUGGGGGACCCUUAGGAUCAUGGAUCCCCAGACAGCAGCUUGGUUCCAGCUUAGGACCAUAGCCCCAGCACUCCUGUGCCUGGAGACAGGUGCCUCAUCAGCAGCUGUGGUUUAGGAAAGUUUUGGUAAGGAGGAGCUUUGGCACCUCAAGCUCAGUUCCAGACAUGAGGCCAUGGAAAUGUCAUAAGAACCUCCUAAAUUACUUUGAGAUGUGGGAUUUGGAGUGCUUUGCUAUUUACAAUCUCUCUUUUUCAAUAUUGUAGGCAUGAAAAAAAUCACAUGAGAGCUUUUAAUUACAUCAAUUAUUAAUUUCCCCUCAGACCAUGUCUUCCUCCAUUAAAAUCGAGUCUGUUGUGAAGGAGAAGAACCGGAUGGGAGAGUGCCCAGUCUGGGAAGAAAGGGAGAAUGCACUUGUCUAUGUAGACAUCAACUCGCAGAAAGUUUGCCGCUGGAGCCCCAUCACCAAUGAGGUGCAGAGCGUGUCUGUGGAUGCCCGUGUUGGCUCAGUGGCUCUGCGGCAGUGUGGGGGCUAUGUCAUCGCCCUGGGGACCAGGUUUGCCUUCCUGGACUGGGACACCCAGGCAGUCACCACCAUCCUCGAGCUUGAGCAGGAUAAACCCAACAACAGGUUCAAUGAUGGGAAAGUGGAUCCGAAGGGGAGGUUUUUUGCUGGUACGAUGGCUGAAGAGACAGCACCAGGGGUCCGAGCGAGGCGGCAAGGAGCUCUCUAUACCCUCUUCCCUGACCAUUCAGUAAUAAAACAACUAGACCAGUUGGACAUCUCCAAUGGCCUGGAUUGGUCCCUGGACCACAGGACCUUCUUUCACAUUGACAGCCUGUCAUACGCUGUCCAUGCCUUCAGCUAUGAUGUGCACACUGGAAAGAUUGCCUGCCCCAAGCUUUUGUACCAUCUGGAAAAGGAGGAGCAAAUGCCUGAUGGGAUGUGCAUAGACGCAGAAGGGAAGCUCUGGGUGGCCUGUAUUGAUGGCGGCAGAGUCAUUCGCAUAGACCCAGAGACAGGAAAAAGAAUCCAAACUGUGAGGCUGCCUACUCCAAGGAUCACCUCUUGCUGCUUUGGUGGAAAAGACUACUCAGAAAUGUAUGUGACUUCUGCAUAUGAUGGACUGGACGAGGCCACCUUAGCCAAGGAACCUCAUGCAGGAGAGAUUUUCAAGAUAACAGGCCUGGGUGUGAAAGGGAUCCCACAGAAUUUCUAUGCUGCUUGAACCUUGACACUAAAGAGCAACGAAGAAAUGCUUCCAUCUUGUAGUAAAUCUGACUGGAAGAAGUCAAAUGAACUACAGAAUUUAUUUGUGUGAAGAUUUCUAAGCCCACAUUUGUGAGUGUGCUUGUUUGGAGUUGAAGAUAUUUCUUCUUCUGUGGGCCUGUGGCUUGAUGCAGUAGGUUAGAGAGGUAACGUUAAUCUGUGUUACACCUUGGUAGCUUUUGUCACUUUCCAUAAACCUCUAAGUGCUCAAGUGUAGUUUCGAUGAACUUUCUGAUGAGCAGCUCUGGAUUUUCAAGUCUGUGCAGCUCCCAAAGCAGAAUCAGACUCCUCAUGUUACAGUGCUGCACCAGCAAUGAUACGGCAGAUUUUAAUAAACAUUUUAAGAGUGGUGUCUUGAACUGGGCUGUUCCUCUGCAGCAGGAUUCCCCUGAGGUUUUUUUAUUUUUUUGGUUUUGGUUUGUUGUGGGUUUUUUUUUCCUUUCUGUUUUUUUUUUUUUUUUCUUUAAUGAUCAGAUAUAUUUGUAGUAUCCAGGUUCCAUUUUUACAUCCUCAUUAGCCUUUUUCCAGGCUGUCCUUAGGCUGCUGAAAAUAAACUAUACAACUACAUUUAAAGAAA